GUAACGUCGGGCAUCUGCUCUGCGUUCGCAAUUGUCAUAACAUGCAUCCGUCUGUACAUGCGCAGAGACAGGUUCUGGUGGGAUGAUGCAUGCGCCUUUCUCUCCAUGAUUUUCCUUUUUGUCCAAAUCGUCUCCGUCUUCAUGCACGUGCCUAAUCCACGCGUCCUCUCACAUAUGGACAACAUCGCUGCGUACUACUUGAUGGCUGCUACUUUUUACGCUAUUAUUUGGACAGCGCGGCUAGCUAUCUUGUACUCUGUCAUCCGAAUAGACCCAGACCCGAGGACAAGACGAAUCCUCCAUCGCAUCGCGAUCAUUUUUAUUGUCAUCCUCCUUAUUAUGAUUGCACAGGUACUCUGGGUAUGCGAACCAAUGCACGACUGGAAAAAUGCAGCGUCGCCUCAGUGCCCUCUCAACAAGCAAGUCGCUAUUUGCCAGCUCGUGACCGACAUUCUGUCGGAUGGUUUGCUCAUCUACGCACCACUUCGACUUAUUUGGGGGAUGGACGCCAUAGACGGCACGCGCAGGCGUCUAAUGAUCAUUUUCUCCACAUGUAUUGUCACCACAAUCGUGUCCCUCGUUCACGCCGCGUUCAUCCUCACCGACGGAGGCAUCAGAGUCGUCAUCGCUGCUAUCGUUGAGGACACCUUCUCCCUCAUCGUCUGCAACAUCCCCGUCGUUGUAACGGCCAUCAUGCGUAAAUACGGCAAGAACGAAGAAGAAAGCGACCACGCGCGCCAGUCG